CUUCACUCGAGAACGCGUUGCCGCUGGGGCAACAUCGAGGCAACGGGGGCCAGGCUGACUUGGGCUUGAAAGCACAUCGCUGUCCGGCUAUACGUAUAGGAUAAAUUUUUCACAAACGUGGAUAAGAGUGAAUGAACCGCGUGGAUAAAUACAAUCAUCGGGCUGCUCACGGGAAGAUUUUUUUUUUUCGAAUUUUCGAGAAACUUAAACCUUCGUAUAAAAUUAUAUUGCGGGAAACUUUUGUUCGUUGAUUCGAAUUAACGAUAUUACCCUAAAUCGGUGACAAUUAUCGAAAGUCUAACUCGAAUAACAGAAUAAACAAUACUCCGAGCUAUAUUAUUCGUGUGGUAUAAACAUUGAAAAUUAAUUAAAUUAACCGCAAGUGAAGGCGUAACAAUAAAAAAACGAUAAAGGAAGAAGAAAAAAAUAAAUAAAAAUGACGCGUGAUACGCGAUAGUGUCGAAAAUUAAUAACAAUCAUCUAAAAUUUCUAUAUUAUCAUAGUUUACCGAUAAAGUGAAUACUUGUAAGAAAAUUGUAUUUUUUUUGAAGUGAUCUCUCGCAGACUAUAAUUUAUCAUGACCACCGCAACCCUUCCACGGGAGCUGGACGCCCAUAUAGUAACGUUAUUCGAAAGAAUAUCGGCGCUACGAGAUAAUGCGAGCGAAAAUUCUGUCGAAAGGAGGCCACCGAUGUCGGUGGAGGCGAGGAGUCUUGAGCUUUGGCGAGCCGUGGCCAUCGAAUGCUUCGCAACUUCCAUCCUUGCUUUGGUCGUACCUGGCGCCGUUGCACCUUCCCUGAUAGAACCCAGUACCCGUUUGUCCGCAUUGGCAGUCUCUAUUGCUACUGGGCUUGCGAUGGCCUCGAUUUGUUUGAUCUUCGGACACAUAAGUGGAGGUCACGUCAAUCCAGCAGUAUCGAUAUCUUUCGCGUUGUCCAGACGGAUCUCACCGCUACGUGCCGCACUGUAUUUGGCAGCACAGUGUGGGGGUGGAAUAGCAGGUGCUGCGAUACUUCAAAGCGUGUCACCGGAUAGUCUAAAGUCGCAAGGAUGGAUUACCGGCUCCAUCCAAAAACUUCUGGUGGAAUUGGCACUCUCUGCCUUGGUUGUUUUGGCCCAUUUCGCGGCUGAUACUCCUCGGGGACUUCCGGCAUCUGUUUCCUCGAAACCUGCUAUGGUUCUUGCCGCAACCUACACAACUGCUACAUUGGUUUCGAGACCCUACCUAAACCCAGCUCGUGCCUUGGGGGUAGCCUUCUUGAGGAACGUCUGGAGUGAUCAUUACGUAUACUGGGUGGGACCGAUUUCCGGCGGUGCAGUAGCAGCCUUACUGCACGAAUAUGUGCUGAGUCCGAAACGGUCAAAAAGUUCCCAGGAAAGCGACGACGGUGACGAUUCCUCCGUGCGAUCGGACGAGGACCCGUACGAUGAAUUGGACAAGGCAACGGGUCCAAAGUUUCCCAGCGUCUACGCAACCUACAGGCCCAUCGCCGGGGCCCCAUCCUCGAUUUACAGCGCUCCACCGACGACCAUUGAUCGCGUCGAAUCAAUUUACGGCGGGACGAAAUCGCUGUACUGUAAGUCCCCGCCAUUGACCCGGGCUAAUUUGAACAGAUCUCAGAGCGUGUACGCAAAAUCUACCUCGGGACCCAGAGAUGGUCUGGUCAUUCCGAAACCUGGGCCCUUGAUGCCUGCCCAGAGUCUCUACCCCAUGAGAAUCGGACAGAGUUCGCAAGGGCCAAGGGAGACUGUGCAAACACAGAGUCAGAAUCACAACAGCACUAAUCAAAACAUGCAGAAUCAACUGCAGCAAUGCACUCAGAGCAUUUAUGGUAUAAGGGGAAUUUCAACCAGCAUUAGCGCCCGAGAGAAUGGAAUCUACGGCGUCUCGACCACGUCUAGUGUUUACGGAAGGGCCCCUGCACCCCCUCCGGGAACGCAGAAUAUCCAACAAACUGGUAAUGCCCAAAAUUCUACCCCAAAUCAUGGCGCUACCGGCUUGGGAGUGCCGGGAAAUCCCGGUAACGGUCAAAAUUCUGGGCAGACCGUACAAAAUCGGGGGCAACAUGGGCACCAAAACUCUCCGCCCAGCGUAAUUUCUUCGGCCCAAAAUCACCCCGCAGGGCACGCAAACAGCCCGUUGGCGACCAGCUCGGAGAACGGAGGAAAUCCGAGGAGACCGGAAAGCAUGUACGGGCAUGUUUCUAGGCGCAGCGAAGACUCGGCUUACGGAAGCUAUCAGGGCUCAGCGAGAGGGAAUUAUGGGAAGGCUCCCGGUCCUCCUGGACCAUCGCAGUACAGGGGCGAAAGGCCCAGUCCGGGACCACUGCAACAGAAUCAAAGUCAACAGAGCAAUUUUCAAAGGAAUUCACCGAAUCCAUCGUACUGAUCGACCUUAAAUUUGAGCAGACGAUAAAUGACAUUUAUUCUGAGACGGCUAGUUUUUCGGCCAAGUUGAUUAUGUUGGUAAGGCAGAUUCGGCCCCUGCGGCCGGCUGACGGUGGCACUGCAGGCCCAAUCUGCAUUACCAACGUAAUCGAACCGGGCGAAAAACUAGCCGUCUCAGAAUUAAUGUCCAUACGUGUACAUGCAUACGUCAUGACUAUGCGUGUGCAAAUAGUUCGAAAUCAUGAAUAAUUCGACACAAACCGAAUAAUUACAUGAAACGGAUAAUUCAAGUCUUCAAGUAAUUAACUUUUUUUUAAAUUACAACUGUCUGGUCCCCUUAAAACGAUGCUGUGCUCGGUUUUUACCGGCCAGCAAAAAUCUGUUACUUGUUGUGAAUAUUAUCAACGAUUACGUAUCACUGACGGGAAAAUCGCGCAGAUAUCGCAAUUGUACUUCCAAUGCCGAACAAAAAUAUCGGACAAUUUCUUUCUUCCAUGCGAGGAUAACGCCAGAAAACGCAUUCCUAUACUUAAUGAUAAUUCGAUUACGGGAAUACAUUUUCUAGCAUUAUUGUUAUCUAAAACCGCAGCAUCCUUCUAAGAGUCAACCAUCCCCGUGAUUUUUGCGGACUGAAUACUUGGUUAUUACGAGUAGAAUUUAUUCGAAGGGGAAAUUAUACCUUUCUCUAUACUCGUGGUAUUGUUAUUUUUAGGCCUGGAAUAGCGUUCAAUGAUUUAAGGGCUGUUAAUCGCCGAACAACCGGAAUGCUAUCGCACUCGUAUCAGCGGUAGCCGGCUUAUAAUAUUAUCAGUGAAUAAAUAUGUAACUCAGAUGUUAACGGAAUAUCAGUAUUAGAUAAUUUGUGUAUAUUUUUAUGCAACUUACAUUGAAUUUCCUGUCGAAAAGAAAUUCGACAGACAGCACCUUUUAUUCGACUAAGUAUUUUCUAAACGAGGAAAAAAUAUAUAGACUCUAAGAUUUAAACCGGGUAAUUCGAACUGUUCGAAUAAUCAGAAUCACUGAAAUAAUUCGAACUAUUCUAAUUAUUCAAUUGCUGGAGUAUUUUAUUCCAUUCGACCGCUAUUCGUAUAGCCAUAAUAAUGACUCUGAACGCACUGCCGUUGAACUGAACCUCAUUAUGUGUAGUUACGUAUAUUGGAUAUUCCAUUAUGAAUAUUCUAAAGUAUCUGUCGGAUAUUUCAGAAAUGUGUGUUAGGUCACCGACUCUUACUUUCAUCAAUCAUCGGAUAAAUUUGUUUUGCAGACCUAAACCCAGGUUAGUGCAGAUUUUUAUUUGGAUUAUUUUUUUUUUUUUAAUUUCUAGCUUGAGAGUACUCAAAUUAAAUGUAAUCUUCGUUUUUAGUUAUAUAGAGUAUAAAUACAUAGUAUAAUUCGCGGUAGCGACGUCGUUUAGGAAUGUAAGUAAAACACGAAACGUCAGAUUUAGAACAUAAUUUUUAAAUAAUAAUAUUCCACAUAUGUACAUAUGAAAACCAGAUGUUCGAUUAUAACGAUGAAGAACAAGAAUUUCAUUAGUAUAUAAUCGUAUGGGAAAUUUGAAGAAUACACUGUAUGCAUACAUUUUCAAAAGAAGCGUCAUAUUUGCUAUAUUACCAUUGGAGAUUAAUUUUAGUCAAUGAAUAUGGUUGGAAAAAUAGAAUUAAUUUGCAAUGAUGUAUUAUACUUUGUGAGUUUUAUGUAGGACUUGGCAAAGCGUUUUAUUUCGUGCUCAUUGAUGAGUCCGUCUUGUUAUCCUCUAAUAGUGGGAAACAUGACAAGAAAUUCUGGAAAUAUCUGUCAUUGGUAUUUUAACAAUUUUUUUGUUUAGUACUCUUAAUUGGUACACGGGAAUUCAGUACCUCCUACGUUAGCGGCCGUCAGCAGGAGAGAUUUUCAUAAUUAAAUGAUUCAUUGAAUCUGCUGAAAAUCGAGUGAGGCUAAUUAUAGAAAACAAUAAAUAUAAAAUUGUGUAAGUAUUCUAUGCGAAUGCCACGCGAACAGUAAUGGUAUGCUGAUCCAUCAUAGACAGUAAGAAAAAAUAUUCCUGAAUGCCAUCCUUGGUACAUACUUCACUGUAAGAAUUAAUGGACGGAAUAUCGUUAAAAGUGUAAAACUCAGAAGAUGGGACUGACAGGGCUCAGUAUUUAACAAUAAUAUAUUGAGUAUUUUUUGUAGAAAAAUUGUCUUACCAUUACAUAUUAUUAUAAUAACUGUCUAUUUGUACGUAAGGAAAAUUGGCGUCUAGUUUAAAAAUAUCUGUGCAAAAUACGUGAUUUUCAUUUAUAUUAACUUAUAAGUUGCAAACUCGAUCAGACGUACAUAGAUAUUAUUGUAGUGAUUAGGCUUUGUAUAUAUCUUUUGUAUUUAUUAUUUUUUAUGUUAUUAUAGUAUGUGUCGUAGUUGACAGGUGUUUUAAAAUAAAUUAAUAAUAACAUUAAUAAUCAUGGAUCACCAUUGCGUUUAUUGCACAGGAUGAUUAUUCUUAUUCUUUGACACCUUUUCCAUUUCCAUGGGUACACAACGAUAUAUGUUUAUUAAGCAUCGGGGUGUUUAAUUACUUACUAUCCAGUUUUUAAA